AUGGAUAAAAACGGUCAGAAACAGGUUCGAAAUAAAAUCGACGUUGUCGAUCUUCCGCCCCUGGAACUUGGGAAAAAAGAUGCGAAAUCGAGUUCACCCCUUCCUGUGUCGGAUGGGCAGCAUGAAGAAGUCGAAAAUAGACAGAGCCUCAUUGAGAUCGCCGACACGGCGCUGAAUCUGAGUGGCAUAAAGGAAGAAACCGCUGACAAGUCAUUGAAACAGUCAAUCGUUGGCCCUAAAGCCGUUGAUGAUUCCGGUAGAGAAUUUGAAAACGCCGUAAAUAAUCAGUUGGCUGAGCUGCAGAAGGUUUACACCAUGUCGAUCGCCAAGAAAGACGCUCUCGCUGACUUGUUACGUGAACGGAGCAAGUUGAUGCAAACGGUGUUGAACAUAGAAGAGGAUUCAUACAGCAGUGCCGAAUUGAAGGCGAUUUCAAUGUCCAUAGAUAGGCUGAAGAAGGAAAACGAAGAUUUGGACCGUCGUGCAACUGACUGUGCUAAUUCGUUGCAAAAGCUUGUAGGUGAAGGACGGGAGCAGAUUUCGACGGCUUCCAACCCGUUGCUGAAUAAGGCGACGUUGCAUCUCGAAAGCUUGAAACUACAGGCAAAGAGAAAGCAGGAAACGAUAGAAGAUCUGUCUAUCGGUACCGAAGUCCUUGCCGAACACAAGAAUAUUUUAGAAAAGGGACGAACAGCGUUUAUGGACCAGCUGAAGUUGUUGAUGCCUGACUUUCAGGACAGGCCAGGCAGAGAGAUGUCUACAGCCGAACUGACAGCACUGUUGGCCUGCGCCCUUGUUCGCAUCGACAGGCUGCGCAAGAAACUGGCCGAAUACCCAGAGCAGGAGAAGCAACACUUCGAACGCGAGCUUUCGGCCCGCGUGAAACAGUUCCGCGAUGAACAUGACAGAGAGACCGAAGCUCGAAUCGAGACUUUACGACGGAUGCACGAUGAACACUUGGAAGAGGUGGCAAAUAUGCAAAGGCGAGAGCUGAAGGCGAUAUACAUGCAAGAGUUAGAAGAUCGACUGAACGAGGCGAAGCUUGAGUUUCACAAAGAGGUCGGAAAUGCGUUGAUGAAUAUUGAAGCAAUACAGCGAGUUCUAAGCGGUACGUUUCAGUAUUUGAUGAUGAUUUUGGUUAUUAUCAAGUCAUUGAUUUUAACUGAGGGAGGAAAAGAUAUGUUAUUCCUGGUACCCUUAAACAGCUUUUUGUAUUUAAACAUCCGUUAUUAGAC